UUUACUGCAAUCUAGAAACCCGACAAGAUGGCAAAGUCUCUCCUCUUGUUGGCAUCGGUGGUGGUCUUCAGCAAUGUCGCCAUCCACAGUGCUUUCGCACCCGACCUGAUUGUAGACAUGGCUAAAAUUCUCCUGGACAACUACUGCUCUCCGGAGAAGCUGACUGGCAUGCAGGAGGCCAUCGACGCUGCGAGCAGCAAUACAGAGAUCCUCAGCAUCCCUGACCCCGACACUCUCGCCUCUGUCCUGACCGGUGGGGUCCAGAGUACCAUCAACGACCCCCGACUGGUCAUCUCCAAUGAGCCCAACUAUGUCCCUGCGGUGGCCCCUGCCCUGCCACCCCUGCCACCGGACCAGCUUAUCGGCGUGCUCCAGAGCUCCAUUAAGCUGGAGGUCUUAGAGGGCAACAUCGGCUACCUGAGGAUCGACCACAUCAUCGGGGAGGAGUUGGCCGACAAGAUCGGCACCCUCCUCCUAGAGCUGGUCUGGAAAAAGAUUCUGCCCACGUCCGCUCUGAUCUUUGACCUCCGCUACACAGGCAGCGGGGAUCUGUCUGGCAUCCCAUACAUUGUGUCUUAUUUCACCGACGCCGAGCCUCUGAUUCACAUCGACAGUGUGUACGACCGUCCCUCCGACACCACCACCGAGAUGUGGUCCAUGCCCACACUGCUGGGCGAGAGGUACGGAACCAAGAAAUCCCUCGUCAUCCUGACCAGUGCAAACACCAAGGGAAUUGCAGAGGAUGUCGCCUACUGUCUGAAGAACCUCAAAAGGGCCACAAUCGUUGGGGAGAAAACUGCUGGCGGGUCCGUGAAAAUUGACAAGAUCAAGAUUGGGGACACAAACUUCUAUGUCACAGUGCCCUCGGCUAAGUCCAUCAACCCCAUCACAGGGAAGUCUUGGGAGGUCACCGGUGUGACGCCCGAUGUUGAGGUCGAUGCUGAAGAUGCCCUGGCUGUCGCCAUUAAGAUCAUUAACCUCCGUGCCGAGAUCCCUGCCAUUCUCGAGGCAACUGGCACUCUGGUGGCCGACAACUACGCCUUUGAGAAUGUCGGAGCAGACGUUGCAGAGAAGCUGGCAGCAGCGAGCGGUGAAUACAACUUGAUCUCUUCAAAGGUGGAUCUGGAGACUAAACUCUCUGCUGACCUCAUGACACUGUCUGGAGACAAGUGCCUGAAGACCACACACAACACCCCAACCCUGCCACCAAUGAACCCAUCUCCAGAGAUGUUCAUUGAGCUGAUCAAGGUCUCCUUCCACACGGAUCUUUUUGAGAACAACAUUGGCUACCUGCGCUUUGACAUGUUUGGUAACUUCGAGGAGGUUCAGGCCAUUGCCCAGAUCAUCGUGGAGCAUGUGUGGAACAAAGUUGUUAACACUGACGCUCUGAUUGUUGAUCUCAGAAACAACGUUGGCGGGGCCACUACUGCCAUUGCGGGCUUCUGCUCCUACUUCUUUGAUGCAGACAAGCAGGUCUUGCUGGACAAACUGUACGACAGACCGUCUGGCACCACUAAGGAGCUGUGGACUCUACCUGACCUCACAGGUGCGAGGUAUGGCUCUAAGAAGAGCCUGAUCAUCUUGACCAGCAGAGCCACGGCCGGCGCUGCCGAGGAGUUUGUCUACAUCAUGAAGAAGCAUGGUCGGGCCAUGAUCGUGGGCGAGACCACCAACGGUGCCUCACAUCCCCCUGAGACCUUCCGCGUGGGCGACAGUGAUGUGUUCCUGAGCAUCCCCACCACCCAUUCAGACACAGCCCAGGGCCCCGCCUGGGAGGGUGCCGGGGUCACCCCUCACAUCCCCGUGCCCGCCGACGCAGCCCUGGACACCGCCAAGGGCAUCCUCAACAAGCACUUCGCCGGUGCAAAGAAGUGAAGUCUCCAACUGUGGAUGUUGGCAGCCAAAGGCGUUUAGGAUCUUAUGUUCUCAGAGGAGAGAAGUGUGUAGGGUACCGUUAUAUGUAAUUGACCAAAUUUAGGCAACCAGCCUCUGCACCUAAGCCUUCUUUCUGUAGCCUGUUCUCGUUUUGCAAGAAAAUGUGAGAGGUUCUGAACCAGUUUGUGGUUUGUUUUUACUUAUAGUUUUUACUUCUGAAAACUACUGUGAUUGCAGAAUGAUUUAAGAAAGUGUGAGUGAAUUUAAAUGUUAUACUGAAAUGUGACUCUUAAAGGAGUGGUUCAGAAACUAUGUUUGUGUUUGAGUUACUGAUCCACUAGCCUUUGUGGCAAUGAUUUGUCAAAGCAGCUUCGAUCUUUGACUAUCAAAAAUAAUGUGAAUUGUAAAUGUGCGAGAGCAGGAAUGCUGAAACUAGUUUAAAAAGCAGCGUUGGAUCAAACGCUGAAAUAUUUGUAAUGACAUAUUUGCUUUUCCUAUGAUAUUCUUAUAUAAUUUCAAGUAACAUUGUUAGGACCUUUACAAACAAAUUGUCCUGUCUGUUGGGGGAGAAUUCUUAAAUUUGAUGCAGGGUCUUUUUGCUGUGUAUGGGAAGUAGUGUUGUGUCCAUACAUAGUGACUUGCCAUGUGAAGACAUUUGGGUUGUAUCAAUUCCAAUGGUGGGACACAAU